GGCGGUAAUUCUCCCACUCGCCGGCUGGACCGGGUCUCAGGGGUCGGGUGUUAUUUCUCCAUCUCAUGGCCCUGACCGAGACCUGAGCACAUCUCCGCAAUGAAAACCAUCAUCGCUGCUUAUUCGGGGGUGCUGCGAGGCACAGGGUCGAACAUUCUUUCUUCUCUGCAGGAUUUGUUCUGGUUGUCUAAAUCCAAGCUAGAGAAACAACUCCAAAUCAUCUCUGUGCUGCAAUGGGUUCUCACUUUCCUAGUCAUGGGUGUUGCUUGCACUUUAAUCCUCAUGUACAUACUGUGCACAGAUUGUUGGGCCAUUGCUGCUCUUUAUUUAGCCUGGCUGGUAUUUGACUGGAAUACACCAAAGAAAGGUGGAAGAAGAUCCCAAUGGGUGAGGAACUGGGCUAUAUGGAGAUACUUCAGGGAUUAUUUUCCAAUAAGACUGGUUAAAACCCACAAUCUGCUGACCACAAGGAAUUACAUUUUUGGGUACCACCCUCAUGGCAUCAUGGGCUUGGGUGCCUUUUGCAACUUCAGCACAGAGGCCACAGGUGUUGGCCAGAAAUUUCCUGGGAUCCGACCCUACCUUGCUACCCUGGCUGGGAACUUCAGGAUGCCCAUUUUGAGGGACUACUUAAUGUCUGGUGGUAUAUGUCCUGUGAACCGUGACAGCAUAGACUACAUCUUGUCCAAGAAUGGCACUGGCAAUGCCAUCAUCAUCGUGGUUGGAGGGGCAGCAGAGUCCUUGAACUGCACCCCGGGCAAGAACUCGGUGACGCUGAAAAAUCGGAAAGGAUUUGUGAAGCUGGCUCUGAGACAUGGGGCGGACUUGGUUCCUGUCUACUCAUUUGGGGAGAACGAAGUGUACAAGCAAGUGAUCUUUGAGGAGGGCUCCUGGGGAAGAUGGGUUCAGAAGAAAUUUCAGAAGCACAUUGGAUUUGCUCCCUGCAUCUUUCAUGGCCGUGGCCUCUUCUCCUCCAACACCUGGGGAUUGUUACCUUACUCCAAGCCCAUCACUACUGUUGUUGGGGAACCCAUCACCAUCCCCAAAGUUGAUAAUCCAUCCCAGGAAGAAGUGGAUUUCUACCACAGCAUCUAUGUGGACUCCCUGAUCAAACUCUUUGACAAGUACAAGAUCAAAUUUGGCCUGCCAGAGACUGAGGUCUUGGAAGUCAACUGAAAGGACUGGCUCAGCAGCAUCACCUUCUCUCAAAAAUCAACACAUCUUCUCCAGGAGUCCAAUCUAUCAUCGUGUACUUGAAAGCAUGUGUGGGUGUAUGUGUCUUUCAAAGAAAGUGUUUAAAGUAUUGCUAGACCACUUUUAAAAAAAAAUAAUAUAAACUAUUAAAAGAAGGCUUUAUUUUGGAUAAAUCCCAUUACCAAUGUCUUUCUAUCCAAAAACAAACAAAAAAAAAAAAAGCACAACUCCCCAUUGCUGUGAGCAUUUGGAUGGGGGGAAUGAUUGCCUUUGUAAUCUGCUGGAUAAUGAUGCUGUGGGAUUGCCAGCAAUGGAUUAGAAGCAUUUCUGCAGCUCCUGCACCCACCAGCACAAGCUGUUUGGGGAGAGUAGGAUCCAUCUGGGUUUCAAUCCAAAAAAACCAAAGCAGGUUAGGUUGGUUUGACUGGGGUGGCAAUAUUACAGGGAUGUUGCACAAGAGCACAUGGGCAUUUCUGCUUUGGAAAAGCCCCUUCCAAAGGCACAAGCAGGCUGCCAAACCCCCCCCUGGUGUGGCACCUACUGUGGAUGGUGCAGAAAACCAAAGGUUGUGAGGCUGCUGGAGCUGCAUCCUUGAGAUGUGGUGGAUAUUUUGGUGGCUGUCAUUUCACCACCUGUCCUUGGAAUGUCAGUUUGGAAGCAGGACUGUUCCAGGUGUUGUUUGCUUGCACACAGAGGCAAGGAGCUGGGAAUCUGGGACUUUUUCAGAGCCACAAAGCUCCCAAGGAUAAGUUCUAGGAGCAGUGGGAUGGUGCAAUCACUUGGCCCCCUUGCAGGCCCUUUAGGGGUAAAUGCAGGGGGAGUGUUUGUGGAAGUGUUUGGGGAAACAAAAAAAAAAAAAAAAAGGAUUUGGGGAAG